GACCCUUUUAAAAGUUUAACCAGCAAAGUAGAAGAAGACCCAAUUCCAACCCUCGAUGCUGAACUCUCUUACAUAAAACGAAGGUUUCCUGACCACAUUGAUCCUGACUUAUCAACUGAAGAUUUCAUUGAUUUUGACAUUGAAGUCAGUACAUCCCAUGGGCGUCUGAAGACUGCUGACAUCAUUGCUGAGAUCACUGGGACUCAAGACGAAGAAUUAGAAGAGGUCGACGAAGAAGACAAGGAGGAAGAAGAUAAGAUCACAAGACCGACGGCCGAGCAAGUGCGUACAGCUAUCAACGUCCUCGAAGACUUGAGUAUUUUUUCACAUUUUGGAGAAGAAAUGAUAGCUUCCCUGAGGGACUUGAAUCGUAAUAUCGCCAAAGAUUUUGAUAUGAGUUGUAAGCAAACAGUUAUCACCGACUUCUUUUCUAAAUAAACAUUAAAAAAUUCAUUAAAAGUGUAUUGUUUUGACUUUCAUUAACCUAAUAGCCCCCUUAAAGUUAGACUUAAGAUUAAAUAUAACGUUUUUAUCCAGCUGGUUCACGUAAAGGGAGGAUAUUGCGCUAAUGAUGCGUCAUCCAAACCUUUCGAACGUCUUUUUCGAACGUUUUCGAGAAAAUCUAAAGAAUUUCAAAAGAAAGACACUCUCAUAACAAUGUCGUCUGUGGCAGGAUCAAAGCGUCGAAUUGACAAUAAGUCGUGCAAAAUCAAGUACAAAGCUCUUAAAGCGUUGGAAAAGGGUACUGCGCCAAAGGAUGUGGCAAAAGAGUUUAAAAUUCCUCCAAGCACCCUGUCAACUUGGAAAAAAAAUAAAGAAAAGAUUUACAAGCAGUUUAACAACGGGCAAACAUCGAAGAGAUCAAAGCCAGAAAAAUUCAAAGAUGUGAACAAAGCUGUUCAUAAAUGGUUACUUAUGAUGAGGAGUGAGAAUAUCCCAAUCAGUGGCCCGAUGCUGAAAGAGAAAGCUCUUGAGUUUGCCGAAGCGUUGGGUGUCGAGUCAUUUCAAGCUUCUCAGGGGUGGAUGGCUAAAUGGAAAACCAGGUUAGUUGACUAA